AUGGUUCGUCACAAGAAAGACAACUCAUUCUCCAAAGCUAAAAAGUUCUCUACGAAACCCCGAUACACAGCCCGCUCUGGUCGAGAAGACGGGGCAGAUGGUGGCGUGUCGGAGCGCCCUCCUUUCAAGGCAGCUUGCUGGGACUUUGGCCAUUGCGAUGCGAAACGUUGCAGUGGGAAGAGACUCAUGCAUUUUGGCAUGAUGCGAGAAUUACCCAUAGGUCAAAAGUAUCCCGGCGUUGUCAUUUCGCCAAACGCUAAGCGUGUACUAUCACCUGCAGACCGUGACCUACUGGAGCAACACGGUGCCGCAGUCGUGGAAUGUUCCUGGGCCAGAGUCCAGGAGAUCCCCUGGUCAAGAAUCGGUGGAAAAUGUGAACGACUCCUGCCUUAUCUCGUUGCCGCAAACCCCGUCAACUAUGGGAGGCCGUGGCGGCUGAAUUGCGUCGAAGCACUUGCGGCAUGUUUUUGUAUUUGUGGCCAUGAAGACUGGGCGGAGAUUGUCCUGCAGCAUUUUCCAUACGGCAAGCCUUUUCUUGAAAUCAAUUCACAGCUCUUCAAGCGUUACUCGGCAUGUCAAAAUGAAGAGGAAAUCCAAAGCGCGGAAGAAACGUGGCUUGCCAAACUGGAAAAGGAAUAUGCAGACAGCCGCCUAAAUAAGGGCGCCACAGAUGGAGAAGACGACGACUGGGCAGGAGGGAACAUGAACAGAAGAGAUGUUCCGGACACUGACGAGGAUAAGUCCGUCGAUGAAGAACAUCCAAAAUCCGAUUCCAACGAGGACGACGAGAGCAAUUUACUACAACAGAGUAUGCCAUUGAAUCUACCACCAGACGAAGAUGAAGAAGCCGAGAUGGCGGAAAUCAGACGCAAAAUCCUGGCAUCAAAGCCAUUUACAGACUCACUGGGUCCCGCCGAGACACGCAAAAAGGAGGCUCAACAAACCGAAAGGAUGCCCCACGAAAAUGGCCUGGCAUCGACCACGGAACCACCACUUCACCAUGAUUCCGACGCCGAAUCGGGCUCUGGAGAAGAAGACUACGACGACUUUGAUCAGAUCGCAAACGCCACGCCCGUAACAGACCGUACAGGAAUAGCUGCACGGGAGAGGCAGAAGAAGCUAGAGCAAGCGAGUGCAUCAUUCUCACGCACCAUCGUUUCGGCACCGAAGAAAUGGUAA